AUGCGCUCAGAGUUCUUCAACGUCGACAAGAAGCCUGACGAAUAUCCACUGUUCACCUCUGUAUCAGAUGUCCGGGGCCGGUUUUCUAACCAUACUAAGCUGAUGGUAGCCAUUGGAGGAUGGGGUGAUACUAAAGGCUUUGAAGAAGCUGCAAAGACCGAGUUUUCCAGGCAGCGUUGGGCACGCCAAGUGGCGGCUAUGGUUGCUGCGACCGAGGCUGAUGGCAUUGACGUUGACUGGGAGUACCCAGGAGGAAAUCGUGACGAUUACAGGAAGAUUCCAAAUUCUGACCGCGAAUGGGAGGUCGAAGCAUUCGUCUCGCUCCUUCAAGAGCUGCGCGCUGCUCUUGGGCCCGAGAGAAUCCUGUCCGCUGCUGUUCCAGGCAAAGAGGAUGACUUGAUAGCUUUUACAUCCGACACCAUCCCCAAGAUCAUGAAUGAAGUCGACUUUCUCAAUGUCAUGACGUACGACCUUAUGAACCGUCGUAAUAACUUGACCACACAUCACAGCGGCGUGCAGAACUCCAAGGACGCCAUUCAGCGCUACAUUAACCUCGGUGCGUCGCCGGGGCACUUGAAUCUUGGUUUUGGAUACUAUGUCAAGUGGUUUAUGACCCAACAGUGUGAUCCUGAGAAGCCCAUCGGUUGUCCGACUCAGCUGCUUGAGGACCCAAAGACUGGGGCUGAUUUAAGCAAGACGGGUGGUUUCAGUUGGCACGAUGAGAUCCCCGAGGAUGUUAGUGUCUCGUUCUCUCGCGCGCAAUCAGAUGGGAAAUAUGAUACAGAUGGAAGCUAUUACUAUUGGGACGCGGACGAACGUCGCUGGUGGACGUUUGAUACCGAGAAGAGUAUUCAGACUAAGUUUGACCGUGUCGUGCCAGUGCUCGAGGUCGGUGGAGUGUUUGCUUGGGGUAUUGGAGAAGACGCGCCUGGUUUUGAGCACUUCCAGACCACCACUAAGGAAGUUAGGAAGAUCCGGGCAGGCAUUGGAUCAAAGGACGAGUUAUAA